AAAUAUAUCAUAAAUCUAUAUAUGAAUAUUAUAAGAAUGAUAAAGAUUUAUAUAAUAAUUUAGAAUAUGUUAUAGGUUUAAUUCAUAAUAUAACAAGAAAGAAUAAUUCUCCUUGUACACAGAGCAUAAAUUUCAGAAAACCGACAAAUCUUGUCCAGCUUUUAAAUGAAGAACAAGCACGGAGGUUGGCUGAAGAACAAUUACGGAGUUUGGCUGAAAACAAGCACAGAGGGAGGCUAAAGAACAAGCACAGAGGCGUGAAAGAGAAGCAGCCAUACAACACCAGAAAGAAGAUAGGGUUCACCAAACAGAAAUAUUUACAGAUAUCCAAACCGAAUCAAGAAAACAUCCGAU